AUGGACAGAGGUGUUUUUCUGCCGUUCAAGAAAAAUGUUGGUGUUCAACUUGGACCAGGCAUCAGAAACUCAGCUUUAUACGUUCCUGUGACAGAAAAGUCGCAACAGGCUGAGUCGAAAUGGAUAUUAGGCACUGCCGAUAAAGAAGCAGCUGGUGGUGAGAACCUGUGGCUGGCAGUUAAUGAAAAACGGAAAUUUCUAGACAUCGAAAAUGACGUCAAAACCAAAUUUGGAGAGAUCAAUGACGAUGAGCUUAUACAAUCGACCAGUGACAGUGAACAAGAAAGCAUUGGCUCACUGGUAGAUAGUUCUAGCUCACUGAGGCUUUUUAGAAGCGUAAGGAUGCUUUCGGACUAUGCCUACGAAGUGAGGGUCGACAGUCCAGUUGCACCUCUAACAUUUUGUCCCCACCAGGUGUUAGACGUUCCUGAAGGUUUGAAUACGAGUAAUACACUGCAGGCAGUUGAGGAUGAGCAAUCAUCUGAAAGAAAGCUCGCUACGGCUAGAGACGGUAUACUCUCCGGCCUGAAAUUUCGAUCGCGGAUAAUCGAUCCCAGUGAUGUAGCCGACUUCACCAUUGGAUUUAUACACACUACCAAUGAUCUCCGGAUAAACAAUGAUGCCCAUCAAGUCAUUGCAUACGCUUCCGGCGAAACUCGCAGCAUAAUAUAUUUCAGUAUGGUCAAGUCGGACAAUACCACAGCAUUACCAUUAUCGAUUGGUUCAGCUUCUAGCUAUAAUUUGCAUUCAAAAAUCAAAAACAUUGUCAUUCCUGAUUUCUCUUCUAUUCUUAAUAGAGCUUCCGAUAUUAUCGCGGUGCUUACCGCAAAUUCUCUUUAUGCCUUCAAAAUCAGAUCUAUUGAGAAGUCAACGGGCGCGAUGUCGAUCGAAAAAUUGGGUCCUUAUCCGUUCAGCAUUUUAGAAGAUUUUGCAUUCACUGACGUUGCUUUCAACCCUUGGGAUUUUAAUGAGCUCGCAGUCAUAGAUAUCAAGGGCAACUGGGCCGUCGGCAACUUAGUCAAGAAAGGAUCAAGGAACUCUCGUCUGCGAUUUUCUGCGAACAAGAGGGGCACAAUCUAUGAUCCUGAAGAGCUCUCCUCAUGGCAUAAAAUUUCGUGGGGUGCAGAAUAUUCUCGUCUGCUUCUUGUAAGUAGAUCAAGAUUAGUGGAGUUGAACUUGAAAAGGCGUUUACAGCUUGAGGUCAUUGAAGCAAAAUCAUGGUCAUCGAUUCGUGACUUUAAUCGUGUUAAUGAUCAAGUAGCUGUCUUAACCACGAGUAAAGAGAUCAUUAUGAUUCUGCUCAGAAACGAUAAUAUCGAAAGAACUAUAUCAUGGAAGCACUCUUUAGAAGCCGAAGACACGAGCAUCAAGUCAACGGUACGAACUUUUACUGGUGAAGAAUGGUUCUGUCGGCACGAAAAGCUUUUUUUCGUAUUUCUCUACUCGGGUCUGGGGCCUGAAGUUCUGGUUCAUGUGUUUUCGCAAACUGGUUUGCUGUUUCAAUCCCUUGGAACUUCUCUGCUGCAUAUUCGAGACAUUAAGAAUAGUAUGAGUUGUGUCUUUGUUCCCCAAAUUCCAUUGAGUUUUGAAGAUGACAAAUCGCGUAAACCAAAGCUCAAUUGUCUUGUACGUGAAGCUGGUGGUAGUGUCAUAUGGCAAGUUACAGUAUCGGCAGCAGAGGGAGAGUCACAGAGUUUAGAGUUUCAAAAGGGAGUUGAAAGUCUGAGCGACCGAAUUGACUUCGUGUUCACCCCGACCUCCAGAGUAAGCAAAGAGUUUACCGCGCUCAAACUUUCGCUACCGUUAGUUGAAUAUCACUCUAUUGCUUCUACUGAGGAGACUAUCUUUCAACAAUACGGGUAUGAUCUUUCGGAUGGUAUGAAUCACUAUCUAAUGAAGUGGGCACGCGAAAUGGAGAAUCCGGAACAAGUUCAAAGCCUGGAAUGUUGCUCUUUGGCAAGUCUUGCGGAACAGAUCUCUUGUGUGAGUAAUAUGGAGGAGUUUGGUUCUCUUCUUGAACAGUUCAAAGGACACUACAGGGAACAGCACGUUACCUUCACUGCUUUGGAGACUUUGACUACAUUGAUCACCGAAGAUGAUGAUGUUGCGGAUUUGGGUGUUUUUUAUAGUAAUCUCUUGCAAUGCUGGACUUUCGGUUUCCCCGAUGAUGGGCUUAUCACCAGCGAGGUUCUGAAGUCGGUUAUUUUGAAAAAUACAGGAAUCAGCAGUGUUUCUUUGCUCCCGGUUUUAGCAGCAAACGCUUACAGUGAACUUAAUGACGUACAUCGUGAAGUCGUAGAUUCGUGGGACGACCCCGUUGAUGAAAUAGAAAACAAAGCAUCUCUGUCUGAAGCAAGCAAUCGUGACAUCACCGAGCCAGAGCUCAAUUUCCCGUCGGUAAAACCCUCCCAGCAAAGCCCGCCUAAACCUAAAAGGCACAGAAAGCGAAUAUCGUCUCAAGCGUCGCAGCAGUCAUGGCCACAGCCCUUGAAUAUGUUAAUGUCACAAACUUCAACCUCUAAUAAACAUGCUACUCAUCCUGCUGAUGUCUCGAGCGUUUUGCCCCAGACCAUGACGCCGGCAUUUUCUUUAACUUCGGCUUCACAGCCCGUUCCAACACUGUCUGAUUCGCAAGGUAGAAACUCUCAAAAACUUAAAAAAAAGAAGAAGCGACUUCAAGGAUUUGGAUAG